ACCGCCUGAGCCAGGACCCGAGCCGCCAGCCUCAGCCGCCGCGGGACCCCGUCACGUGCCCGGACGCCCGCCCGCCCGUCGGGACCCCCGCGCCCCGGCCCCCGCCCGCCCGAGAGGACGGGUCCCCGCCCGCGCCAUGAGCCAGAAAACAGAAAUUUACUCUGUGGAGCUCAGUGGAACCAAAGCCUUGGAGAACCCAGACGAGGGGGGUGGCAAGAAGUGCAAGGGCCAGAAAAACAACCUCUUGGAACUCAAGAAGAAGCCGCAGAAGGAGGAGCCUAAGAAAGAGCUAGAUCUGGAUGACCACAAGCUCAGCAAUAAGGAAUUGGAAACAAAAUAUGGCACAAACAUCAUUACAGGUCUCUCCAGCGCCCGGGCUGCUGAGCUCCUGGCUCGGGAUGGGCCCAACGCCCUCACCCCCCCUAGGGAAACCCCGGAGAUCAUCAAGUUCCUCAAGCAGAUGGUGGGGGGGUUCUCCAUCCUUCUGUGGAUAGGAGCCGUCCUGUGCUGGAUCGCGUAUGGGAUUCAGUACUCCAGCGAUAAGUCCUCCUCCCUGGACAACGUGUACUUGGGCUCUGUGCUUGCCCUGGUCGUUGUUUUAACCGGGAUCUUUGCUUAUUACCAAGAGGCGAAAAGCACCAACAUCAUGGCCAGCUUCCACAAGAUGAUCCCGCAGCAAGCCCUUGUCAUCCGCGACUCAGAGAAGAAGACGGUUCCUGCAGAGCAGCUGGUGGUGGGGGACAUAGUGGAGAUUAAAGGCGGAGACCAGAUUCCUGCGGACAUCAGGCUGCUGACGGCCCAGGGGUGUAAAGUGGAUAACUCAUCGCUCACGGGGGAGUCAGAGCCCCAGCCCCGCUCCUGUGAGUUCACCCACGAGAACCCCCUGGAAACUCGGAACAUCGGCUUCUUCUCCACAACCUGCCUGGAAGGCACGGCCACGGGCAUGGUCAUCAACACGGGGGACCGCACCAUCAUCGGGCAGAUCGCCUCGCUGGCCUCGGGAGUCCAGAACGUGAAGACGCCCAUUGCCGUCGAGAUCGAGCACUUCGUUCACAUCGUGGCUGGCGUGGCCGUCUCCGUCGGCAUCCUUUUCUUCAUCAUCGCCGUGUCCAUGAAGUACCACGUCCUGGACUCCAUCAUCUUCCUCAUCGGCAUCAUCGUGGCCAAUGUGCCCGAGGGCCUCCUGGCCACGGUCACGGUGACUCUGUCACUGACGGCAAAGCGGAUGGCCAAGAAGAACUGCCUGGUGAAGAACCUGGAGGCCGUGGAGACCCUGGGCUCCACCUCCAUCAUCUGCUCGGACAAGACGGGGACCCUGACCCAGAACAGAAUGACCGUGGCCCAUCUGUGGUUCGACAACCAGAUCUUCAUGGCGGACACCAGUGAAGCCCAUUCAAACCAGGUCUUCGAUCAGAGCUCUGCCACCUGGGCCGCCUUGUCCAAGAUCAUCACCCUGUGUAACCGGGCUGAGUUCAGGCCAGGCCAGGACAGCGUCCCCAUCAUGAAGAAAGUUGUGGUUGGCGAUGCCUCAGAAAGUGCCCUUUUGAAAUUCUCAGAGGUCAUUUUGGGUGAUGUGAUGGAAAUUAGAAAAAGAAACCGCAAAGUAGCUGAAAUCCCUUUUAACUCGACCAACAAAUUUCAGCUCUCCGUCCACGAGACCGAGGACCCCGACGACAAGCGUUUCCUGGUGGUGAUGAAAGGGGCCCCCGAGCGGGUCUUGGAGAAGUGCAGCACCAUCAUGGUCAAUGGGCAGGAGCAGCCCCUGGACCGGAGCACGGCCGAGGCCUUCCACACGGCCUACAUGGAGCUGGGCGGCCGGGGCGAGCGCGUGCUGGGCUUCUGUCACCUCUACCUGCCGGCGGAUGAGUUUCCAGAAACCUACUCGUUUGAUGUCGACACGGUGAACUUUCCCACGUCCAGCUUCUGCUUCGUGGGCCUCUUGUCCAUGAUCGACCCGCCUCGGUCCACGGUCCCCGACGCGGUCGCCAAGUGCCGGAGCGCGGGCAUCAAGGUCAUAAUGGUGACGGGCGAUCAUCCCAUCACAGCCAAAGCUAUUGCCAAGAGCGUGGGUAUCAUUUCCGCCAACAGCGAGACGGUGGAAGACAUCGCCAAACGCCUCAGCAUUGCCGUGGAGCAGGUGGACAAGCGGGAUGCUAAAGCCGCCGUGGUGACUGGCAUGGAGCUGAAGGACAUGAGCCCGGAAGAGCUGGACGAGGUCUUAACCAACUACGCGGAGAUCGUCUUCGCCCGGACGUCCCCCCAGCAGAAGCUGACCAUCGUGGAGGGCUGUCAGCGGCAGGGCGCCAUUGUCGCUGUGACAGGGGAUGGAGUUAAUGAUUCUCCUGCCCUAAAGAAGGCAGACAUCGGGAUUGCCAUGGGGAUAGCAGGUUCGGACGCAGCCAAGAACGCAGCCGACAUGGUCCUGCUGGAUGACAACUUUGCGUCCAUAGUCACGGGGGUGGAGGAAGGUCGCCUCAUCUUUGACAACCUGAAGAAGACCAUUGCGUACACCCUGACCAAGAACAUUGCCGAGCUGUGCCCCUUUCUGAUCUACAUCAUCGCUGGGAUUCCUCUGCCCAUUGGCACCAUUACCAUCCUGUUCAUCGACCUGGGCACAGACAUCAUUCCCUCCAUCGCCCUGGCUUAUGAGAAGGCAGAGAGUGACAUCAUGAACAGGAAGCCUCGCGACAAGAACAAGGACAGACUGGUGAACGCGCCACUCGCCGUGUACUCCUACCUGCACAUCGGCCUCAUGCAAGCCCUGGGAGCCUUUGUUGUGUAUUUCACCGUCUAUGCUCAGGAGGGCUUUCGACCAGCCACCCUGCUUAACCUCCGGGUGGAGUGGGAAAAGGACUCCGUGAACGACUUGGAAGACAGCUACGGACAAGAAUGGACGAGGUACCAGAGGAAAUGCCUGGAAUGGACGGGCUAUACCGCCUUCUUUGUCGGCAUCCUGAUCCAGCAGAUAGCAGAUCUGAUCAUCAGGAAAACCCGGAGAAACUCCAUCUUCCAGCAGGGCCUCUUCAGAAAUAAAGUCAUCUGGGUGGGGAUCGCCUCGCAGAUCAUCAUCGGGUUAAUCCUCUCCUACGGCCUGGGGAGCAUCACAGCCCUGAACUUCACCAUGCUGCGGCCCCAGUACUGGUUUGUGGCUGUGCCACACGCGGUUCUGAUCUGGGUGUAUGAUGAGGUGCGGAAGCUUUUCAUCAGACUCUAUCCUGGCAGCUGGUGGGACAAGAACAUGUAUUACUAACACUUGCCGACCUCCUGAGGCGCCAGCCGCAUGUCCGGACCUGCGUCCUCACCUUCUAGCUGCCAGCUGGCCGGCUGCUGCCGUAAGGACCUGUCAGAACCCAUUUAAGAAAAGACAGGGAACUGUAUGGACGAGACUCACUGAGGUUUUGUAAUUUAAAGCAGAGAUUUAAGUGUUUAUAUAUGAUUUUCCUGUAUACAUCUAUCUCCUUAUUUAAAAAUAUGUGAAUUUCCAAGUAGCGCUGUAGAAAGAAUGACGUGUUUAUAUGUAUAUAAAGCUCAUGCAUGUUAGUCUCGGGGAAGCAGGACCCCUGCUGGCGUCACCCUCUGCUUUGAGCUCCAGGUAGGCUUGCUCAGACUUCCGUUCUAUACCCUGUUGAAGGCCAGUGACCUCGGCAGGAUUCCUGUGACCUCCCAGAGAACAGUAUUUCAUGUUCACCUUCCUCAAAAAGGCGAAUUCAGAAUUCCCCUUGUGGCGCAGUGGGUUAAGAACCCAACAUAGUAUCCGUGAGGUUGCGGGUUUGAUCCCUGUCCUCGCUCAUUGGGUUAAGGAUCUGGUGUUGCCACAAGCUGCAUCCGUUGCAGACGCAGCUCGGAUCCGGCAUGGCUGUGGGUAUGGUGUAGGCUGGCAGCUACAGCUCUGAUUCCACCCCCGGCCUGCGAACCACCAUAAGCCACGAGUGUGGCCCUAAAAAUAAACAAACCAAAAAAAAGGCUAAUUCAGCUAGAGAAUUGCAGGAGAGGGAAGUGAUGGCAGGUGGCCUCCCAGAAGCCUGGACGCCUGUCUGACCCUAAGGCGUCCUUCUCAUCGGUCCUCAUACCCCUCUCAGCACCUCAUGGUCCUUUGAUGCCCCCGCCCUCCCCUCCCCCCGACUCCGGAAUUGAGCCCCCAGGCCGAGGCACCGCCUGCUCCUGGUGCUCCCUGACCGAACGGUGUUCACCUCCACCAGGGCUCAGCCUCGGUGGAGCACCACUGUGGUUUCAAACGUGAUAUUUAUUUCCUGUGGGGUGGUUGUCAGGCUCUCUGCAACACUCGUUUUGGGUUUCAUGCUUUCACUCAAGUUUAUUCACGGGUAACAUAACUGUCCUCCUGGCAUCAGCCCCAGAGAGGCCUCAUAUCUAAGUAAUACUUGUUUUAUAAAACCAGGCCUAAUUGUAGUCUAAUUCAUUCAAGUUUGUCUAAAACACAGAGCAUAGGACAGAAAAAAAUGAGAUAUAAUUUCAAAAUUCCUUUUUAGUGGCCGCACCCGCAGCAGAUGGAUGUUGCCAGGCCAGGGAUUGAAUCCAAGCCACAGCUGCAACCUGAGCUGCUGAGCUUGGGUUUUUGACUCCCUGUGCCACAGGGAGAACUCUGAUUUCAGUUUUGUUUUGUUUUACUUCUUCUGGUCAUUUUGCUUUUCUGUGGAAGGUCUGAACCCACUGCAACACACUAGAAAAAGUCGUGUUCGCAGCCUUUCCAUCACCAGCUGCACGUCCAGCACACACUGGCCAGAACCUGAAAAAUGACGCCUGGUAAACCUUCCCACUUCGUGGGCCACCCCACCCCUUCUUCCGUCAUCACUCAGACGAGGGCGCACUGCAGCUGGGCACCAGGCUGGUCUUGGGAAGAGGAAGCGGGUCUUAGAGCCGCAGCUCAUCAUUGUAACUUCGUGUAAAUAGAUGACAAUGUACUGUG